AUGGAGUCGUUCGAUGCUUCUCCCCGCGCGUCCAAACGCAGGCGGACAGGCACAUAUGCGACCAGACGAACGACUUUGAACACCCUCUCCGCCGACCCAGUCGAUGGCCCGGGGGACACGGCUCAGCAAACUGCGAAUUUAUUAGAAGGUGACAUAUAUCCCGCCUCCAAUGGGUCUAUGGAAGAGGCAGGCACAAAUGAGGGCGUUGAUGGCGAAGAGAAGGGGACUGCAGCAAAGCCUCAUCCACCCUCACAAGUUUCACAAGGCCAGGACAUUGAAGGCUCAGCAGAUGGCUUGGACAACACUGGACAGCAAAGCACCCGAAAGAGGCGCAGAGACAGUACAAGAGCAAGUGCCGCAUCUCCACCGCAAGAGGUUGCCCAGCUCAAUGAUAAUACUACUGGGGAUCACGAUGAUGAAGACCAAACAGGCCAGGAUGAGACUCCUGCAAAACAAGGUCCAGCUGCUGAUACACAGCUCCGGUCCAGCGGACGUCUGAGACGACCGCCUUCGCGGUAUACAUCGCCGCAAGCGUCUACCGGCACUUCGGCUUCAGCAGGCUCACACAAGCAGCCCGCACAACGGAGGGGUCGGCCCAGAUCUAAGCCUACUGUGGCCUCGUUGCCGGACGCCAUUGACGGGGCCGCUGAAGCUGCAUCGCCUAUACCGAAAGGCAUUCUUACGCCCUCCCGACAUGGGCUAGACAAGAGAAUCGGGCCUCGCAAAUCAGUGGCGUUUGAUCAAAACGACAAGCAGAUAGAGGAGCAGUUCGGAUUCAAGGACAUUGAUAGCUCGAGCACAAAGCAGAAAAAAGCCAAAUCGCCACGCGCAUCCGGAGCGCCUACUGGCGAACACCUCGCUCCCCAAAAGGUCACAACAUCGGAACAGCAGAAAACGGCAGCCGAGGCACCAACUGCUGGAGAGCUUGGCGACACUACGGAGCAAUGCGAUAAUGAUGGGGAUGAUGAGGAUGAUCUGACUUUUGAUAUGGCGUCCGACAUGGUUGAGAUGCUGUCUUUGUCGACGAACCCGUCGUUGUUGCAGCAACAAUCACGAAACCUAAGCUCCUCGGGAGCUUACUACAAAGAGGAUGAAGACAAUGCGUGCACCACAAGAAUCAAGACGGAGGUCAUCAGUCGGAUGAAUAAUCGUACACUCGGACCCAUGUGCCAGCUCGAAUCCCAAUACAACACCCUGCACGCAUUACUCAUGGCGACAAUUACGGCUGGGGAGUCAAACUCUCUUCUCCUUCUGGGCUCCCGUGGCAGCGGUAAAUCACUGCUUACAGAACAUGCAAUUGCCGACUUGAGGAGGUCAUAUGGUGAUGAGUUCCACGUUGUUCGGCUGAACGGCUUCUUUCAGACCGACGACAAGGUCGCCCUCCGCGAGAUUUGGCGACAGCUAGGUCGCGAGAUGGCUGUGCCCGAAGACGAAACUGGAGAGGUCUCCAGCUACGCAGACACGAUGGCAAGUUUGCUGAGCCUGCUUUCGCACCCCGAGGAGUUUGCUGUCGUCGACCAUGACCAUGUCCAUGGCCAUCAACAAGAGGAAGAAGGUCCACUCAGAACCGCCGCUAAGAGUGUGAUUUUUAUUCUUGACGAGUUCGACCUCUUCACCACGCACCCGCGUCAGACGCUAUUGUAUAACUUGUUUGACAUCGCCCAGGCUAAGAAAGCGCCUAUUGCUGUCGUCGGUUGCUCCUGUCGUAUGGAUGUUGUCGACUGUCUGGAAAAGCGGGUCAAGAGCCGGUUCAGCCAUCGUUGGCUGCAUGUGUCUGGUGUGAAAACUCUGAGUGCUUUUACAGAUGCCGUCGCCACGGUUCUGUGUGUCCCUGUAGAAGGUAAAGAAGCCCUUGGUGUGACGGCAGAGGAGCUCGAGUGGAGAGCAAGAUGGAAUCAGACCAUAAAGACUCGACUUCUCCCCGCGCCGGCGUGCCAAGUGUUGCUCAAGCAAAUAUUCUACACCACCAAAUCAAUUCCUGAUGUCCUUAUGGCUCUAUACCACCCUGUCGCCUUGUUGGAUGUACCUUCGGAGAGUGGGGAUAUACCAGCCCGCAACUCGCAAGAUGUGACAACACUCAUUCUAAAUGAGGCAACAACCUUGUCGUCUCCGCCAUCACUUCUCACACUGCUCCCGCACCUACCCACUUUGCAUCUCACCUUGCUCAUCUGUGCCGCUCGACUUGAGACAAUCCAUGACCUCACGACCUUGAAUUUCGCAAUUGUGCAUGCCCACUACACCGAGCUUCUCACGCGGUCGAAAAUGCAACGUUCCGUCUUGUCAUCUUUGACCAGGGGUGGUGCUGUCACUGGCGCUGCUCUCAGAUCGUGGAGCAAGGAGACGGCACGUGCGGCAUGGGAGGAGCUGAUGCAGUGGGAUUUUCUUGUGCCAGUCAGUGGGCUUGCUGGAAGCGGGACAAUUGGAAAGCUAUCUGAUGAAGCCUUAGGCGGCGACGGCGCAGUUACCAAGCUGGUCCGGGUGGAUGUGACACUCGAUGAGGUCGCUUGGGCUGUCAAAGAGAAGUUGGACAGUGUCGGCCCCGGCGAAAUAUUGGAGAAAUGGUGCAAAGAAGUCUAG